AUGGCCGCGCGUAUGGAGAAAGUGAAGUCCAGACACACACAGGACUCAGAGCUCAGCCUCACUUUACUCUGUUAUACUGACACAAACCCCACAGACGCUCAGGACACUGUGUGUGACAGUAAUCACACCUUGAAUCAGGAUGAAUCUACUGAUCAAACCUCCACAGAGUCUCUGGAUUCUGUCUGUAACGCUGGAGAACAGCAGAUCCUGAACACCAGACCACUGAACAUGUGUUCUGUCACACUGAUGGACUGCAGGAAAAUGAUGAAGAUAAAAACACAAACCACAGUAAAGAAAGAACAGAAUGAUGAUGAUGAGAAUCAUGAUGAUUUUGUUCCUUCAGUCAAACUGGUGGGUGGUGAGAACCUGGAGAUAAAAACAGAAGAAACAUCAGACAAAGAUCAGACUGGUGAAGAUGAGAAUGAUGGUGGUGAUGGUUUUAUUUCUUCAGAUGAGAGCGGUGAUUCAUGUGGUGAAUCUUCAUCAAAACAGCGAGUGACAGCACAAACUCUUCCCUGCAUCACAGAGGAACAUUUAGAGGGACAUGAGAGGAGUCACACGGAACAGAAGGUCUUACAAGAGCAGCAACAUCAUUCACAAGAGCACGUAGAGGAGCAUAAGAAACAGUUUCUCUGUGAGCUGUGCGGCAAGAAUUGUGUCUCCUCUUUUAGUCUGAAAACUCACAUGAGGACACACUCUGGAGAAAAACCUUUCCACUGCAGUGAAUGUGACAAAUGUUUCAGCAUCAAAGGAAAUCUUGUAAGUCAUCAGAGAAUUCACACGGGAGAAAAACCGCACAAGUGUCCUCAGUGUGAGGUUAGAUUCGGCCGUAGAAAUCUCCUAAACAGACACAUGCGUUUACACACAGAUGAGAGACCGUAUGAGUGCAGUGAAUGUGGAAAAACCUUUAAGAGUUCAGCAUCUUUAAAGUCACACCAAGCAACACACAAUGUGGAGAAACUCUAUCAGUGUUCACACUGUGAUAAACACUUCCGUGAGAAACUUUAUCUGAAAUAUCAUGAAAGAACUCACACUGGAGAGAAACCUUUCCUCUGCUCAUAUUGUGGAAAGAGCUUUACAAGACGAUGUACUUUCAGCUUUCAUGAGAGAACUCAUACUGGAGAGAAACCUUAUCACUGCAGUGUUUGUGGGAAGAGUUUCACUACACACUGUACCUACUCAAGGCACCAAACAACUCAUACAGCUGAAAGACCUUAUAAAUGUUCUCAGUGUGACAAGAUGUUUUCUCGACCAGAUGCCCUUAGGGGCCAUGAGAGAGUUCACACUGGAGAGAAACCUUAUCACUGCUCCAUCUGUGGAGAGAGAUUUGCUUAUUUAAAAUGUCUUAAAGCUCAUGAGAAGAAACAUGCUGGAAAACAAACUGCACUGGAUUCAUCAUAACAUCUUUAAUCAAUAUGAUAGUUUAACUUGAACUCAAAAUUCUUAUAUUUCUGUGGUCCUGAGAAAAUGAUAAUUAUCAGAGUAAAUCAGACAUUUUAAAAGAUGUUACGUUUGCAGAUGUACAAACAUAGUAAAAUCUCUUUUGUAUUCAUAGUACUGAACAUUUAUUUGAUUUAUCGUUUACUUGUUUUUAACAUAAUAAAUCAAAUGUUGAGAUUACUUUAAGCUGGUGUCUGUGACACAAAAUAAACACAUCUGUGCCUAUAACAUUGUUUGAAUACUGAAGUUCAAUAUUGGUUAAAUAUAUAUUCUUGUUAUUGUUUCCUUGUAGACACCAUUAUCGGAUGUGCUUGUGCACAAAAAAAUUUCUCUGCCUUUAUAACCUGUAAAAAAAAAUGUGCCGUUUGUAAAAUAAAGUAUACACAACACAACGUGUGCUCUAAAACACUGUUUAAGUAGGUAAUUACAGUAGGUGAGCACAUGUGAAGUGUGCUCAUGUCAGAAGAUUUAAACGGAUUUGAAGCUUAUAAACAUGCACAUCAAUCAGAUGACUUUAUUUAACUUUCAUGUAAACGCACUCAGAUUUAAAUU